AUGAGAGUGAUUUUUAAAUACCCUCUUAUCCCCCCCCCCCCCCCCCCCCCACUUACCCCAAAAAUAAUUAAAAAUUUUAAUAACAAAAAGGGAGAGGAAUACCAACCAACAAAACACCAAACAGAAUUUCUCCGAAUAGCUGGAAGAGGCCCAGACUUGGCAGUAAUUCAAAGAGUUGCUCCAAAUGUUUGGUUAGGAUUUCAUUGGCUUUCAAUAAUUCAAUCAAAUAAUUCAAAAAUAAAUACAAGUACACAACCAAUUUGUGCUCAAGAUUUGUCUGUUGUAUGUAAUGGAGAAAUAUAUAAUCAUUUAAUUUUGAAAAGACAAUCUGCUCUUGAUAAUUCACUUGUUAGGAAUGGUGGCAGUGACUGUUCUGCUAUAAUUCAUUCCUUCCUAGAAAAUGGGCGUGAUUUACGUCAUUGCUGUUCAUCAUUAGAUGGCGUUUUUGCAUUUAUUAUGUCUGAUAACAAUUUUGUUUAUGUUGGAAGAGAUCCUCUUGGAAUUAGGCCUCUUUUUUAUGGAAUUAAUGGAAAAAGUUUAUUCUUCGGCUCCGAGCUUAAAAGCAUUGAAAAAUUAUGUGAUCAAAUAUCCUUCUUUCCGCCUGGAUGUUGUGCUAAAAUUCCUUUAAAAAAUAUCCAAAAUAAUCUGACAGACUGGAAAUUAGAAAUUAAUUCUUAUUGGAAAAUUGGAAAUCCCGCAAUUGAAAUAAAUAUUGGAAUUGUGGAUGCUCAAACAGCAAUAAGACAAUUAUUGGUUGAAGCAGUUCACAAACGUUUAAUGGGUGAAAGACAAUUUGGAUUUAUGUUGUCAGGUGGAUUAGAUUCUUCCUUAAUUGCUGCAUUAGCAACCCAACAAUUAAUAGCUAGUGGACGUUCUUUACCUAUUGCCUUUUCUGUUGGAUUUUCUGAUUCCGCAGAUUUGGAGAAUGCUAGAAUUGUGGCUAAUUAUUUAAGAAUUCCCCAUAGAGUUUUAGUAAUUAAGUUGGUUAUCUACGCCCUAGAAACUUUUGAUCCUUUAGUUGUUCGUUGUGGAAUUCCCCAUUUUAUUUUGUGUAAAUAUAUUUCGAAUAAUUCUAAUGUUAAAGUACUUCUUUCUGGAGAAGGAGCAGAUGAAUUAUUUGGUUCUUAUAGUUAUAUGCAAAGAGCCCCAACAGCUUUAUUACUUCAUCAAGAGGUUCUUCGUCGUUUGAAAUUGUUACACCAAUAUGAUGUUCUUCGUUGUGACCGAUGUACAUCUCCACAUGGAUUGGAAAUUCGAGUUCCUUUUUUGGACAAAAAAUUUGUUUCUUUCAUUUCUCGACUUCAACCAAGCUUUAAAUUAAUUUUUGGAAAAAUAGAAAAAUAUAUUUUGAGGAAAGCUUUCAAAGAUUUAUUGCCCCCAAAAGUUUUGUGGAGAAGUAAAGAAGGAUUUAGUGAAGCACUUGGAAAAAUGGAUAUUGGGGAACUGUUGGAGAAGACUGCGGAAUUGUUAAUUUCUGAUGUUAAAUUUGAUGAAAGGAAAAAACUUUUUCCUUUCCAAACACCGGAAACUAAAGAAGAAUUUUGGUAUAGAAGUUUAUUUGAACAAAAAUUUGAAAUUAAUAAAUUGGAGAGGAAUUUAAUACACACAAAGGUUUACAGGUAA